AUGACCGGAACUUCGAGUGAUUGCGGCCGAAAGAAAGCAAAAGUUGAUGGUUCUUUAGAUGGUUCUUCCACUUCUUCGCAUAAAUUUGUUGGUUCUGCGUGAUUCAAGUCAAAAUUUCAGCCAUCCUGGUCAAAAAAGUGGCCUUGUAUUAUUGCUGUUCCUCGUUCACCAACUGAGUUCAGGUGUACGGUGUGCGACAAAGUUUGCAGCUGUGCUCAUCAAGGGGAAUCUGAUGUGACCAGACAUAUUCAAGGUGAAAAGCACCAGAAAAAUGUACGAGCUAGGACCAAUGCAGCGCCGUUAAGUUGAUUUGGGUUUAUUUCUACCUCGGAUCCACUGAAAGAUAAGGUAAGACAUUAACAUAUUGUUGUAGUAAUAGUGUAUGUAUAUCAGUGUAUGGUUGUUUAAAACAAUUUGUUUUACUUCUAGUGAAAUAAUUAAUUAUAAUAGUAUUUUUCUAAAAGCUUAUUCCAUUUUUAGGUCACAACUGCAGAAAUUAAAGUUGCUACACUCUUAGUUGAAAACAACAUCCCUCUGGCAUUUGCUGAUAAGCUUAGUCCAAUGUUUAAAGAGAUAUUUCCUGACAGCAACAUAGCUAAGAACUACCACAGUGCAAGAAUGAAGACAACGUGCAUAUUGAAUGGAGCAAUAGCUCCACAUGUAAAACAGACAUCAUUAGUUGAACAGCUGAAAUCCGGAGUUUCUAGCAUGUCAACAGAUGGUUCUAAUGACAAAGACCUGGACAAAAUGAAUCCAAUAACGGUAAAACUUUUUGACAUUAACGCUUCAAUAUAUAGCUGCGGAGAAGAAAAGUUGCAUCCUGCCGAAAAUUCUAGACUAAAGCAAAUGAGACAGUCAAUAAGUGAACUGGAAAAUGAAAUCAGACAACUUAAUAAAGAAUUUGAAAACAGACAAGCCGCAGUAGAUAAGGUAAACAGCUCGAAAACAAAUAGAAUUGAAACUGAACUUUUAGAAGCAGACGACGACUAUACUUAUAUGCAGAACGGUGUGCGAAAUUGGAGGCUGUUAAGAAAACAUGUGUAUGCAAUAGAACAUUAUUGUAAAGAAAAUAUGAAUGGGAAAAUACCUCCAAAACAUGAACUAAAUGUUCUUGACCUUGCUUUGAAUGACGAAAACCCUGAAUUAGAUUGUAAAAUAUCCCAACACCAAACGCAUAGACAAAAUCCAUGCAAAAAUGUUCUUGAGAACAAUGGCAUAGUUUUUCCUGAGUCGAGCGACAAUGGCAAAGCUUAUGAUAGCAAUGCUAGUAAUUCCACUGUACGCUACAUGCCUUUGACGAGAGAAGAGGAACAAUUGAAAAUAGCACUCGCAGCAAGCGCCCGUUCUUGUUCAACUGGUAUUCACACCGAGAGUUACUUUGACCCACAAGGGAAGCAAAAUCCCUUUUUAAUUUCUUAG